GCGCUGGGAGGGGAGAGGAUCCAGGCUUUCCUUCUACUCGGUGACCUGGUCCUGAGCCUCAGCUUCCCUCGCAUUGUCUGAGCCCGACGAGACCUCACGUUUCUCCCCCAGCUGCAGCCCCAGUCCAAGGCCCAGGCAUCCAGCAGCGAUGCCCUCGUAACCAGCCACCACGGGAUGGAGGGCUUCAUGGACUCAGGGACACAGACCGAUGCUGUGGUGGUGCUGUCUUUGGCUCAGGCUGCUGUGUUGGGCCUAGUCUCAGAAAAUGAGCUCUUUGGAGCCACCAUAAGCGCCGAGGCCUUCUACCCGGAUUUAGGGCCAGAGCUAUCCGGGUCAGCCAUGGGGGAGCCAGGACCACCCGGCCCUGACAUCUAUCAGCUGGCCUGCAAUGGGCGGGCCCUGGAAGAGCCCCCGGAAGAGGAGGUGCUGGAGGUGGAAGCCGCCUUUGAGAAGCACACCCGGCGGAAGACGCGGCCCCCUGUGCGCCUGGUGCCCAAAGUCAAGUUCGAGAAGGCAGAGGAGGAAGAAGAGCAAGAGGUCUAUGAGGUGUCCGUGCCUGGUGAUGACAAGGACCCAGGCCCGACAGAGGCCCCAGGCGAGGUGGCCAGUGGUGGCUGUGAGGCCCUGGUGCAAAGCAGUGCAGUUAAGAUGAUCGACCUCAGCGCCUUCAGCCGCAAGCCCCGGACACUUCGCCACUUGCCGCGAACUCCGAGGCCAGAGUUGGACAUGGCCCCGUUCGAUCCUCCCUUCCCUGACCCAGCCCGGGAUGGCUUCCCGGAGCCCAGCAUGGCACUGCCUGGACCAGAGACCUUGCCCACAGAAUGUAGUUUUGAGCCACCCCACCUGGCCCCCCUUAGUGACCCUGAACCUCCCACCAUGGCAUCGCCAGAACCGGUCAAGCCAGAACAGGGCUUCGUGUGGCAGGAGCCCAACGAGUUUGAGGUUGAUGCAGCAGGCUCCACGGUGGAGCGCCACAAGAAAGCCCAGCUGGACCGGCUAGACAUCAACGUGCAGAUCGAUGACUCCUACCUAGUAGAGGCAGGCGAUCGCCAAAAGCGCUGGCAGUGCCGCAUGUGCGAGAAGUCCUACACGUCUAAGUAUAACCUGGUGACACACAUCCUGGGCCACAACGGCAUCAAGCCACACUCGUGUCCACACUGCAGCAAGCUCUUCAAGCAGCCCAGCCACCUGCAGACGCACCUGCUGACACACCAGGGCACGCGACCCCACAAGUGCCAGGUGUGCCACAAGGCCUUCACACAGACCAGCCACCUCAAGCGCCACAUGCUGCUGCACUCCGAGGUCAAACCCUACAGCUGCCACUUCUGCGGCCGUGGCUUCGCCUACCCCAGCGAGCUCAAGGCCCAUGAGGUGAAGCACGAGAGUGGCCGCUGCCAUGUCUGUGUGGAGUGCGGCCUAGACUUCUCCACCCUGACUCAACUCAAGCGCCACCUGGCCUCCCACCAGGGCCCCACCCUCUACCAGUGCCUCGAGUGUGACAAGUCCUUCCACUACCGCAGCCAGCUGCAGAACCAUAUGCUCAAACACCAGAAUGUGCGGCCCUUCGUGUGCACGGAAUGUGGCAUGGAAUUCAGUCAGAUCCACCAUCUCAAGCAGCAUUCACUCACACACAAGGGCGUGAAGGAGUUCAAGUGCGAGGUGUGUGGCCGGGAGUUUACCCUACAGGCCAACAUGAAACGCCACAUGCUGAUCCACACCAGCGUUAGGCCCUACCAGUGCCACAUCUGCUUCAAGACCUUUGUGCAGAAGCAAACCCUCAAGACCCACAUGAUUGUGCACUCGCCUGUGAAGCCAUUCAAGUGCAAGGUGUGCGGGAAGUCCUUCAACCGCAUGUACAAUCUGCUGGGUCACAUGCACCUGCAUGCGGGGAGCAAGCCCUUCAAGUGCCCCUACUGCUCCAGCAAGUUCAACCUCAAGGGCAACCUGAGCCGGCACAUGAAGGUCAAGCAUGGCGUCAUGGACAUCGGCCUGGACAGCCAAGACCCCAUGAUGGAGCUGGCAGGCCCUGACCCCUCUGAACUUGAUAGCCAGCAGGAGAUGGAGGACUUUGAGGAGAACACCUAUACCUACUCUGGCGUGGACAGCAGCACAGAGGCCAGCACCCUCACUGAGCAGGCCAUGAAGGAGAUGGCCUACUACAACGUGCUAUAGCGGGCCAGCCAAGGGGGCCGGGAGGGCACAGGGUGAGACCCAUGUGCUGAGGGCUGUACCUCUACAGCCCAAAACCAAGCUACUGCCUACCACCCAGCCUCCCCUCCCCAGUCAUUUGCACCACUAGGGACCUUUAGACCAAAUGGAGACUGUACUACUGUCCUUGCAGGGAGCUGGGCACAGGCCUAGACAUCCCAGCAAGGGAAGGGUAACCAGAAGGCCCAGAUCUGGUUCUCCUUGGCCUGCUGCUGUGGGUGGGUGGGGAAAAUGCUGGUAGGGCCUCUUGGGGACAGAGCAAAAAGGGCAUAGGCUUGCAGGACCUCUCCAGGCCACCUCAGGCCCAGCAGAGCUCUUUGUGAAGAGAAUGCUUGAACCAGGCCUUGUCUCUCUUCUGUACCAUCCCUGGCCUCUAAGGAUAUCUGAGCUCCUGCGCUGGUCAGCACUGCCUACCCCUAUCCUGUUCAGACUCAAGAACUUCCCUGUCACCUAACAGCCGGGGCACUUUGCCUUCUACCUCCUGGGCCCCCCUUGCUUGAUACAGGCAUGCAUGCGGCCCUAGCCCUGGCCCUGCCUGUAGGAAGCCAAGGAGCCCAGCCCCCAGAGCACACUCCUGCUCUACAAUCCUGUUUGAAAGAGAGUGACCCUAAUGUGUGUUUUGGCACAUUUCAUCCAGUUCUAUACCAAGCUAGGGCACCAACCACUGUACCCUCACCAAACAGAAUUGGAACACGCUUUGUGUCUGGCACACACUGACAGGUCCCUGGGACCAAGAGGGGCUACUCUCAGGGGAAGCCAAGAAGACCACUUGUGGGAAGAAAGGGACUAGAAAGGUUUCUUAUGAACAAGCAGGUACUGUGAGGAGAGGUGAGUCCAGGCUCAGUAGGCUCCCAGGGAAGAGCAGCAUAUUUAUAAAGGAAAUUGAAGACCAUAGAGGGGGGGAAAAUUUUUUUUUGAGCAAAUGGGGAUAUUUUGAAGGUAAUUUAUUACUUUCCAACUCUGUGUUGCCUAUCAUCUUUUUUUGAUGGAGUUGCGCUUUUUUUUUUCUAAACAUAAGCUUUCUUGUGUGCUGUGUGUGCUUCCUGCUUCCCUUACCUAGAGCAGCCAGGCCUGGUAGGACUUGGGCCCUGGCCAGUAGGUGCAGCUGCUGGCUGGGAGCCUUAGGGCUAGGGCAGGAAGGAGAAGGAGGCAGAGAGCCCACAUGGCCCCUCUAGCCAGUGUCUCUGUGCUGUCCUGGUGGCCAGGGCUGCUGACUCCCCGUGACCAGCAGCCCCCUCCUUACCUGCCCAUUCUCCCCGCUGUGUCCCCCAGGUAGUGACUAGCACAUUCAGGAACUCCAGGGCACCCAAACUCCUACCCAUAAAUCCUGAGGCCCCCAUGGGGAGAGCUAUCCCCAGAGGCACAGAUGAAGCCACCAGCUUUGGCUGAAAAACCAGGAGGGGAAACCAGCUUUGGCAGGGCGAGGGGUGCUGAUUGGAAGUGCAGCUGCCCCCAAGCCUUUGUCCCUAAGUGAAACACCAAGCUAGGCCUCGGUGACUGUCAAAACUGGGGGGUGGGGUGGACACAAUGGCCUAAGUGUGGCUCCCCAGGCCCCCAGCCUCCCAGGUGCCUGCCAUGAUGACCCUCAGGUGGCAGUGAUUGGGUGUCACUGUACAAGACAUUUCUCCUGCUGAGCAGAAGGCCUCACCCCUGCAAACUACCUCUUCCCACGAUGUCUUUCUCCC